UCUAAUAAGGUAAUAGCGAGUGUGAUUGGAGGGUGUUGGGCCUCUUUCUCUCUCAUUAAGAGGAUGCCUGUACUUCUGUAUCAUCAGAGCGGAGAAGCUUGUUCUGGGUGUUGAGUUAAUCAUGCUGAGGAUGAUGGGAAGAUGCCUGAUGUUCAUUAUACUGUCUGCAGUUGUAAUACUCGUCACAUCUGACCGUGUGAAUGUGAGGUUGGUUGGUGGUCACAGUCGCUGUGCUGGUCGAGUGGAGGUUCUUCACAGAGGUCAGUGGGGAACAGUGUGUGAUGUUGCCUGGGAUUUGGCUGAUGCUGCAGUGGUGUGUAGAGAGCUGAACUGUGGAGAACCUGUAGAUGUUUUGGGUAAUGCACACUUUGGACAAGGAUCAGGACCAAUCUGGAUGGGUUUUGUCAGAUGUGUUGGUUCAGAAUCCACACUGAAGGACUGUGGAGCAGCAGGGUGGGAUCAAAGUUACUGUAAUCAUGCUAAAGAUGCUGGAGUCAUCUGCUCAGGCGUCAGACUGGUUGGAGGUUCUCGCUGCUCUGGGAGGUUAGAGAUACUUCAUGAUCAGACGUGGAUGUCAGUGUGUGACGCUGUCUUUGACCAGCAGGAUGCAGAGGUUGUGUGUAGAGAGCUGGACUGUGGGGCUCCUGUACAGGUGCUGGGAGCAGCUGCUUUUGACAAAGGAGACACUCAGAUGUGGACACAAGAGAUUCAGUGCAGAGGAAAUGAGUCUCAGAUUCGAAUGUGUCCAGCAUCAGAGAAACACAGCUGCUCUCAUGAUGAUCACCAGGCGCUUCAGUGUGCUGAUGUGAUGCAUGUGAGACUGGUAAAUGGUAACAGUCCUUGUGCUGGUAGAGUGGAGGUUUAUCACAGAGGUCAGUGGGGAACAGUGUGUGUUUAUAACUGGGAUACACCUGCUGCUGCAGUGGUGUGUAGAGAGCUGGACUGUGGAGAACCUGUAGAUGCUCUGAGUGAUGCUCAUUUUGGUCCAGGAUCAGGACCAAUCUGGAUGAGUGUUUUAACAUGUUCAGGAACAGAGUCUUCACUGAAGAACUGUGGGUCAGCAGGAUGGGGUAAACAUGCCUGCACUCAUAAUCAUGAUGCUGGUGUCAUCUGCUCAGGUCAUAAACGCUCCAGACUUGCUGAUGGGUCUAAUCUUUGCUCUGGGAGGUUGGAGAUACUUCAUGAUCAGACGUGGAUGUCAGUGUGUGACACUGUCUUUGACCAGCAGGAUGCAGAGGUUGUGUGUAGAGAGCUGGACUGUGGGGCUCCUGUACAGGUGCUGGGAGCAGCUGCUUUUGACAAAGGUUACACUGAUCUCAAACUGGUGAAUGGUUCAGACUCUUGUUCUGGAAGAGUGGAGCUUCAGUUCCUCAAAGAGUGGGGCACAAUUCCUCUCUGGCUCUUCAUGAUGGUCUGGUGA